UGACCCAGCAGAUUUGCUCACAUUUUCAGUUGACCCAUAUCAAAUUCAUAAAAGAAAGUUGUAGAAAUUAAAAUAUAUUGUAGAAAUGAUUGGAAACUCAAGACAGCCAUGACAUUAUGUUCUUUAAAAGUAUAUGUAAACUUUUGACCAUGACUGUAUGUGUGUGUUCCUCUCUAGAGCCUUCUUAUGAUCCAGUGAAUGAGGAUGAGGACUUGACAUCUGCGGGACUGAAGAGGCUGUCACUUCGGAAAGCCGGCCUCAAACUUCGACCGACGGCGUGGGUCUCCUCUUCCAAACAUGGGAACGACAAGAACCACCACCCCGGCGGCGAGGUGUCCCUUAUCGACUUCGGGGAGGAGUUCGCCCCACCCACGCCAUCCCCGUCGCCCGUGGUCGAAGUCCCGAUCCCCUGUCUCGCAAAGCUGGCUUUGGAUGCAGAGAACCUCUUGGACCGGACGCCGCCGCAGAGCCCGUGCAAGUCGUUACCCCGUCCUCUCCACCCCACGCCCGUCGUGGACUGGGACGCCCGGCCCUUGCCCCCGCCCCCGGCCUACGACGACGUUGCCCAAGAUGAAGACGACAUGGAGGUGAGUUCCAUCAACAGCAUGGGACAGCAUCUUGAUGAAGACCAGAGGGAUGUCCACGUUCCUGAAGCCAACGUCUCCCCGGUCCUAGAAAAGCAAGCCUUGGAGGACAACCUCUUCCUGCCCAGCAAGCACAGCCAGGGCCUCACUACCUCAUUCUGCCAGUCUGCAGAAAUAUUCCAGGAACUGCAGCAAGAGUGCAUGAAGAGGCUCAAUGUGCCGAUGUGUCUGCAGACCCCCCACUACCACGGACACCUCUCCUCCUCUGAGGACAAACCCCAGAUCCCGCCUCGCGUCCCUAUUCCCCCGCGCCCAAUUAAAAAGGGUGACUACUCAUCAGCUCGUUGGUCGAGGGACCUCUCUCUGUCCCCGACCCCGGCCGACGCCAAUGAAGACAUUUCCAGCUCAGGACGCGGUCGGCCACCGCAGAUCCCUCCCAGGGAACCGUUGUCUAGGACUCCCAGCCCCAUAGGCCUGGUAGUGGGCUCCCCACAGCAGAGAGUCUACUCUGUCAGCCCCAUACCCACGCAAGUUACCACUUGCCCCUCCACACACGCCUACAGCUCCUUCCUCUCAACCUCGCCGAGUAAAUUCAUGCCUACCACACACAGCUUUGCCUCCGAUCCCAAGUAUGCCGCACCCAAAGUGAUCCAAGCACAGGGGAAGGGGGUGGUUCACAAAGGCCCCUGCAUCCUGCCCAUAGUCCGUGAUGGACGUAAAGUCAGUAACACACAUUAUUACCUUCUGCCAGAGAGGCCGCCUUACCUUGACCGAUACGAUCGCUUCUUCAGGGAGGCUGAGAGCUUGACUGGCAACAGUGUGGAUGACAAACACGUACGACAAGCUAACACCGCGACUGUUCGACCCAUGGUGCUCAGCAGCCAGACGUCGCAGGUGCAUGCAGGACAAGGGAUUGUUCCGCUGGGCGAUCUGAAGGCGAAUUAUUCCUCGGACAAUAACAACGGUCUUGGACCAUGGACAGGAAUGAAGGCAUCAGUUAGUCUCUCUGGUAUCUGUGCAGAGGCUUUGACAACAACCUGUCCCACGACAGACGGAUUAGGAAACUCGGCAGACAGAGUCAAAGAGGUUCAGGGGGUGGUCCACGGCGUGACGAUAGAAGAGUGCCGAACUGCACUGCAGAACCACAACUGGAGUAUUGAGAAAGCCGUGCAUUACCUGAAGGUGGAGCAGCUGUUCUGUUUGGGUCUGAGCAGCAGGUCUGAGUGUCAGAAGCUGCUGGAGAUGUGUGACUGGAACCUGGAAGAAGCCAGCACGCAGAUGUUGGAUAACUACGGCUCGAGCACGCAACAAAGACGGUGACAAGACUGGUUCUGAUCGGAACUUCAUCCUCAAUGAAACAUCCAGCAGAGCGGCUCUUGGACCAUCCCGUGAACCCCUUCAGUCACACCUAUUCAUCCUCCUGGUGGACUGGUCAGAACUUUCACUUCUGCACUUAUUAAGAGUUUUUAAAAAAAAAGCGUCGUCCAAAGCAGACAAGACAACAAUCUUCCUGGCAGCGUCGGAUCCUUUUACUCUUUUACUGUUUUUAGCAAAGAUCUUUUCCUGCAAGUCAUUAAAAAAAAAAGGUAUGGCUGGAAGGGAACCUGGAAGGGUGGAAAAUGAGUCGUCGGACAGCACAAAACACAAAGAAGCACUUUUGCUGAAAAUGUUCCCACUUUUGUCGAGACGUGGUCAAGAACUUAGUCUUAAUAGAACUCCCGAGUGCAAUUUGCUUUUUAGAUCCAUUUCCAAAGUAAAGAAAAGAGUCGUGAUACAGUCGUCCCUUGUUUAUCGGCUCUAAUUGCGAGUAAACAAAAAAACGCAUUAAUCUCUUAAAGCCCGAGCUGUUUGAUUACAUGCUUUUUUCUUUUUUUUUUUCUCUUUGCUAAUUGGACCCUAAUUAGAAUAAAAACCAAUAAUCAUUUUGGAUAUGAUGUACUUAGUCCAUAAGUACACAAACGUGUACGUCAUGUUUUGUGACAUGCUAAUUCUUAUUUUUACACUUUUUUUUCUUCCUAAUUCCAUAGUAGGUUAUACUCUUCUGACACCACCAGAUGGCAGUAUAAGUGUCCACAUAAGUGGCCGUAAGACCCCAAUUCAGGUAGUGUACACAAUUUUGGAAAUAAGAGCUAAAAGGUGUGACGUCCACGCAUGUGGCCACUAAGGCCUUGAGAGCAGGGGUGUCAAACUCGUUUUCAAUGAGGGCCACAUCGCGGUUAUUGUUGCCCUCAGAGGGCCGCUUUUAACAAUGAGUAAUAUAUGAAUACA